AUGUUUUUAUUAAUAAUUUUUAUCUAUCUAUCUAUCUAUCUAUCUAUCUAUCUAUCUAUCUAUCUAUCUAUUUUUAAUUGUCUCUUCAUUAUCUAUCUAUCUAUGUAUCUAUCUAUCUUUACUCGUCUCUUCAUUGUCUAUCUUUACGCGUCCCUUCAUUAUCUAUCUAUCUAUCUAUCUAUCUAUCUAUCUAUCUAUCUAUCUAUCUAUCUAUCUAUCUUUAAUUGUCUCUUCAUUAUUCAUCUAUCUAUGUAUCUAUCUAUCUUUUACUCGUCUCUUCAUUGUCUAUCUUUACGCGUCCCUUCAUUAUCUAUCUAUCUAUCUAUCUAUCUAUCUAUCUAUCUAUCUAUCUAUCUAUCUUUAAUUGUCUCUUCAUUAUCUAUCUAUCUAUCUAUCUAUCUAUCUAUCUAUCUAUCUAUCUAUCUAUCUAUCUUUACUCGUCUCUUCAUUGUCUAUCUUUACGCGUCCCUUCAUUAUCUAUCUAUCUAUCUAUCUAUCUAUCUAUCUUUACUGGUCUCUUCAUUGUCUAUACUGGUCUCUUCAUUAUCUAUCUAUCUAUCUAUCUAUCUAUCUAUCUAUCUAUCUAUCUAUCUAUCUAUCUAUCUAUCCAAUAUAUAUAUUUGUUACAUUUAA